GCGCACGGCGGGAUGCGGGGCGGCGAAGGUGGCUCCGAGUGCCCAGGGAGGCCCGCUCUCCGCUCCGGCCAGCCGGCAGCACCUCCAACCUCCGCAGCCGCAGAACCUCGGGGACCCGGAAGUGGUUCCAUUACUUCCGGGGAUGGGUUUUCGGGGCGAGGCGAUCCCGGAGGCAUGCCCGGAAGCGUAGUUUGCGCUUUGGACCCGCUGCUGGGGAGCUCCGGGGGGAGGGUGAAGGUUAGGGUUAAAUUCUGGGCUGCAGGCGGGAUUUGCCUACCUCGACAAACUGAUUCCCCCUUAGCGCCUCUCCGUCCCGGAAACGGAUCUUGGGCUCAAACAUCUAGAGCGGGUAGAGGUCGUGUUACAGAUAAGGAAAUUGAAGCCGAGAGGCGGAGUGAGUGUCCACAGGAACAGCAAAGAGAUGAGUGUCAUCUCACUGCAGAAUAUUUCAGGCCUUCUGCUGUCUGGAUAGCUGCAGGGAGGGGAAGAGGAGGAGACACAUUCAUGCUAACUCCUGAGCUGACUCCUAAAAUCACCUGAGAAGAACAUUCCUCAGCACCCACUUCAACAAAGAGCUUGGGUUGACUGUUUGUAGUAGUGUUCUUAGUUCUGGAGCUGUGGGUGCUGUAUAUCGCUAGCUAGUGACCUAAGGAUUUCAUCUUGACCAGGGAAUCCCUUUUAAGUCUCAUCCCCUGCAUUAAUGGUCCAGUGGUCUUGUUACACAAAGACUCACCCAGAAGUAAGACCAGAGUGGCACCUCGUAGUAUGGUAAAAUCUCCAUCCUUUGAAUGAUCAUUUCUUCCCUGAGGUGGAGGAAAACCUGUAGCAUUGAUUCUAUUUGUAGAUAGAGUGAAAGAAAAUUCAUCCCACUCUAGCCAGACCCCUUCUACCUGUCAGCACUAGAGUUGGGAAUUUCUCCCAAAGUAACUUUUCCUGCUUGUUCAGGGGUUGGGAUGGCAACCCCAAUUAGGUGUUGAAUAUGAAUAAUCAAAUCACCUAAUGAUAAAUAUAUGUUAUCACACAUCAUCCAAAAUAAAGCUGAGUUCUCUUUAGCUAUACUUAAGUAUGUAUGCUCUGGGGAAACAUCACUGAGUCAAGGGAUUUCUUUGGACUAACAGUGAUAGAAGCUUAUAUUAAUAUAGUGCAUUGCAUUUGUUUACCUCCAUCAUUUCAUUUGAUCAACAGCCCUGUUAGUGAAGAUAUCCACCUGUUUUACAAAUGAAGAAACUGAGAUCAAGAGAAGUGAUGGAGGAGGAAAUUCAAUUCAGAUUUUGUCUCCAAAUCCAUCAUACUUUCUACUACAAUAUGUUAUUGACACAAUUUUUUUUUUAAAAAUGGCCAGGUUUUUUAUUAUUUUUAUAGUUGGUAUGCAUGCUAUUAUAAUGAGCUAAAAACCCAGUGUAAUGUUUCUUCUGUUCUUUUAUGUAUUCCCCUCUUUCAAGUGUCAAUAUACAGCAGAUAGAAAAUCCACCAAUCUUGUAACAAGAAAUUUCCAUCAUCAAUUUCCAUCCAUUACCAGUUUACCUAGAAUCAUUUUCUUGAAGACCACUCAAUUACAAUCAUUUUCAUAUGAUUAAAAGUAUCUAACAAGAAAUAAAAAAGGAGUAGUAUCAUUAGAUGAAUACUGUACAUUAUACUGUACAUGAUAAAGUGAUUCUUGAUGAAAGCUUUUCCAUUGUGAAUAGCUUUGUCAUCUCUCUGGCAUUAGUUAUUAGUGGACUAUAAUAACAUCCUAUCUUAAAGGCAUUUUGUGUGUAGUAUUCUCAAAAGAGGGCAGAAACUUACUAGGAGCUAGAAAUACUCCCUCCUCCCAAAUCUCCCCCCAAAAGCAUUUUCAUGCUUUUCAUCUAUUCUUUUGAAAAUGAAAAGCCAAUGCCAUGUAAUCACGAUUUCCUGGGACCCUGAAAGACCAGUAAAAGAGGCACUUUGAUACCCACUGAAUAGAAAUACAGUAGCAUUUUGGAUUAGGUCUGUUCAGAGUAUUCUGUAUACUUAUUUUCUCAUAUCACAUUUUUCAAAGGGUUUUUUUGUAUUCGAAAAAUCCAGACACAGUCUGAUUUCAACCCUGUAUGUGGUUCUGGGUGAAUGUUAAUAUCAAGUAUUUUUCUUUCCUUGUUUUAAAAAAUAAAAAUUGUGUUGUAAAGACCCAUAUUAAUUUAAUUAAGAGCCCAAACUGAGCCCAAACUCAUAAAUUAAUAGAUUAUAAGAAAAAACUAUUUGGGUAUAAAAUUAAAAGCUUAUUUUUCCCUUAAUUUUUUUUCUUAGAGCAUUAUCAGCUGUGGUUUUUUCCUAUAAUUUAGAGAUAAAUUCAUUCAGAGCUCAACAGCAUUAAAUACUUUCCCCUCCACGCUAAGCUCUUGGCACCUCUAUUCAUUUCUCCACUUAUUUUUACUGGCUUAUGUCUUGUUUUUAUUUGUCCUAUUUUAUAUGUAUUUUUAGCUUCAUAUGCCAUCUCAAGUCUCCUCACCAGAACUGGUCACCAAUGGGUUUUUUUGUUUUGUUUUUUGUUACUGUUCCUCAUAAAAUUGUCUAUUUUCCUUUAAAAAAAUCCUAUAGUCUUACAAAAGAAUAUUAUAAAAAUCACAGACAAUUUUAUUGUAUCAUAUAUGGCAAGGAACAAAUUAACAUUAUUAAUAUGAUUAUAAUUCAGUAAUUCAAAAUAAAUAUAUUAAAACAUUUUCCUAAAGUGGACAAGUUAAAUGGCAUGUUCUUCCAUGUGAGUGGGUUACAUAUCCACCAGGGGGCAGACCACUCAUUGAAAGUAAGAUGGGAAGAAUAUGAAUUAAUAGCACAGACCAUUUAAAAAAAAAAUCUCAUUUUAAAUUUGUUUCAGCCUUCAACCUCAAAAAACCUUUUUGCCAGAGAGUCACACAGAUAGCAGUAUUGGCACCUCGUCUUUCUUCUUCCAGAGCAGACAAAAAAAGACAAACAACAAGUAUAGGAAAUCCACAAACUGAAUAAAGAAUUCCUAGAUAAUCAGUACUAGGCUCUACAAAUCCCACAAUAGUCAGGAGAUAUCCUAGAUCAAGGGCUUUUCACCUAGGAUCUGCAGACCCCCAAACCUGGCAAGGAGGUUACAACCUAUUAGAAAGAGUAAGGCAUCUACCCAAGUGAGCAUGACACUGGGUUGAAUGUAGCAAAGGAAGGGGCCUAGAUAAAGUGCUAUAAGAAAUAUGAAAAGGGAGAAUAAAUGUACUAUCCCUAGUUAUGUUGUAUUUCAGAAUAUGGCUACUAUUGUAUUUUUCUGCUUUCUUCAUUUUCACCUCAAAGUACUCAGUUCUUUAGCAAAUCAUUUUUUAAGUCAGUGGUUCUUAACGUUUUUUAUGUCACGGACCCCUUUGGCAGCCUGGAGAAGCCUCUGGACACCUUCUCAGAAUAAUGGUUUGUUACUUACGUUCAGGGAAGCAGAAAUGUUUGGUUUUGUUUUUCACCUUUGUAUCUUCAACACCAUGUGUAUGUUUUUUAGUAGUGAUAUCAAUUCAAAUUUUGUUCUUGAUAAAAUUUUUUCAAGACUCAACUGCAACAUAACAAAUGUUUGUUGCCGAGAUAUAAGUUAAAUGGAAGUAACAGAGUGUGAGCUCCUUGAGGGCAAGGACUUUGUUUGCCUUUGUAUCCCCAGCAGCUAGUACAAUGCCAGGCACAUAGUAGAUGCUUAACAAACAUCUGUUGACUGAUUGAUUUAAUACAUCGCACCUACAGUAUUCAAAAGUCCUUUAGUGGGAAUAUUGUGUCUUCUGUUUAUUUUUUUAGCUUAAAAAUGUAGAGUUUUUUGUUGUUUCUUUUCUUUGAAUGUAGAUAAUUUCCCCCCAAGUAUCAUAUCCUCUAUGCAGCCUUGCUUAUGACAAAAACAUUUUAGCAACACCAGUCUUCACAACAACUAAAUCUGUCUGUGUGUAGUACAGUUCACAUGUAUAAUCCCCACAUUUCUGCUGAGAGAAGAAAGGUAUGUUUCCUUAUCAGUUCUUCAGGACCAAAAUUGUUUGUUACAAAUUCACCAGAGUUCAAUUUCUUUUAUUACUGUGUUCAUUCAUGUUACUGUAGAUGUAUCUGUUCUCUCAAUUUUGCUUUCUUUGCUCUGUUUUAUUUUAUACAAGUCUUCCAUGGUUUUGUGAAUUCUUCGUAUUGUUUCUUAAUUUUUGAAUAAUAUUCCAUUAAAUUCAUAUGCCAAAAUUUGUUCAGCCAUUUCCCGAUCUAUGGAUUUUGUUUCCAGUGUUUUGUUAUCACAAAGAGUACUGCUAUGAAUAUUUUGCUGUACAUAGGACCUUUCUUUUGUUUAUCUCCUUGCCCAUUACUGGGAUUUCUGGGUCAAAGUAUGCAAACAGUUUAGUGACUUUUUGUGAGCAAUUCCAAAUUGUUUCCCAUAAUAAUUAAACCAAUUGACAACUCCACCAAGAAUUACUGGUGUGCCUGACUUCCCAUAGCCCCUCUAACAUUGACUCUUCCCAUUUUUUAUCAUUUUACCAACUUGAGGGGUAUGAAAAUGAAACCUCAGAGA